UUGAAAGGAUAAUAAUACAUAUCUCCCCUUUUUCUCCUAUUUAAUAAUUGUAAAUGAACUAUUAUUUCCAACCAGUCUUUAGACUUUAUUCUCAUCUAAGCAAUGUUCGCUUGGUAUCAACAGCGACUAUUUUAUCAGCGUUAACUUAUCUGAUUGUUGUACGACGCUUGCGAUACAAAAAUUUAAACCUCAUACGUAAAAGAUAUCCCAACCCAGAUCAAGUCUUAACGGACUCUGCUGCAGCUCAGUUUAUAUACACAAUCACAGCAUGUAAAGAGUUUCCUUAUCUUUUUGAAAAGGCAUUAGAAUUAGCCUUAUUCAAGACUUACACAGUUCCCUCUAUUUCAAAGCUUUUAGUAGCUACCAAGCAAUUCUCUCAGGAUGCAGGACGCCGAGCCGAAGAUACGGCACUUUUACUUGCUGAAGUUGUCAAUGCAUUUGGCCGAAUUGAUGCAAAGCUUGCCGUGUGUCCAGAUAUUUCUCGCUCAGAGAUCCAAAGGCAAUGGGAUCGCGCCAAAGAGGCCAUCGAUCGUAUUAAUGAAAUACAUGGCAGGUACAACAUCUCAAACGGGGACUAUCUUUAUACUCUUGCUCUAUUUAUUGUGGAGCCCAUCAAGUGGAUCAACACGUAUGAAUGGCGAAAGUUGGACGAAAGGGAGAUCAAUGCUAUCUUUAAAGUGUGGUAUGAUGUGGGCGUGUCGAUGAACAUUAAGGAUAUUCCUAGUAAUUUUAAGGAUAUGCAGAGCUUCUAUGAGCAUUAUGCAGAAGAAAAUGUACGCAAUGCUUCUACCAAUUGGGCAGUUGCUGUCCCAACGCUCCAAUAUCUCUUAAAUAGCCUUCCGACAUGUAUAGCAAACAAACUAUUCAAAGGGGUCAUCUGUCUCUUACCCUCCGUGCUUCAUCCUCGUGAUGCUGCUGCUUUAAACCUACCGGCUGAGAACAAGACAUGCACUCGUAUCUUGGAAGCUUCACUUUUUACUCGCGCGUUUUUUAUACGUCACUGCAUGCUCCCACGCCAAAGACUUGUUCUUCGUACUUCCUUUGAUGUCAAUCAAGAAGGAAAGAACGUACCUGGAUAUUUUGCAAAUGGCGUUUAUAUCUAUAAAAAAGGAUACAGAAUUUCUGAGCUUGGACCAUCUGAUCAUAACAGAGGAGCAUCUGGUCGUUGUCCAUUUUCUUGAAUUGUUCUUUAAAGCACCCACGAUUAUUUUUUGUUUAUUCUACCAUAUUCGAUUUAUAUAAAGCUAUUAAUACUAGUUGAAUAUCAAUAAAUAUAUGUGCAAGGUAUGGUUAUGUAUUCUUUAAACAGAAAGCAGUACGGCCAGUGUAGUAUACAAUAAUAAAAUGCUCAAUUGAGAACGAGUUUCCGUCUGUAAGCUAUAAAAAUUGAAACAAUGAAAAUCUGCUAGCUGUCUUGAUCAAAUAGGGAACGUAAUGCAUCACAGUAAUGAUUAAUGUUG